UGUUUCUUUCUCGAGCGAAGAAGAAAGAGCAUAUCGAUAGUUUUUUUUUUCUUGCUGUUUUUGGUAUAUAAAUAACUCUAGGGUUAUACAAUCCGGUUAAAUUUAACUAAGUAAUUUUAGAAUUUUAAUCUUGAUAACCUUAGAAUUUUACAAUUUUAGAAUUUUAAUCUUGAUAACCGUUUCCAAACUGCAUAAUGUACCCAUACCCACUCUUCAACUAACAUAACCAACUGCAAGCUCACUACCUCUGCCACGUGGGCAGAGGUGUUCUUACCAAAUUUCCCCUUAUUAAAAAACUCCCUCCAUUUUUAUUUCAAAAUGCCAAAAACCUUGCCAUUCAAGUAACCACAUAAACUAACAAUCUAACUAACUUAGAACAUUCAGCUGACAUUCAUAAUAGUUCUUACUACCUCUGUCACGUGGCAGAGGUCUAACUACACUUUUGCCCCUCAUUUUAUAUUUUUACUCAAAAUUAACCCUAACACUUUAACUAAUUUUGCUUCUCUUUUUUAACCCAUCUAAGUAACUUCUAAAAUCACUCUAUCACAACCUUCCAACUCCUAACAAACUCUCAUUAAUCUAAUGGCUAUGAUCAAUUCACAAAUCCUAUAAAACGAUCUCACCUUUUACUUCACUCUCAUUCCCAACCUCGACUCAUAGCUUGUUGUGCCUCAAAAAAUUCCCACUUAUUUUAACCCUAAUUGGCUUUUGCUUCCCAUUCAUGUGCAUACGACUCACUAGGUAAUUUACAUAACUUUGCAUUCAUUCAAAAAGUAACUUGAGGCUUGAGAUCAAGGAGUCGUGCAAGUUAGGGCUUCCAUGAGUUGGAUUUAUCUGUUGCUUCUUUGAGCAUAGACUGUGGAAUUAAGGCUUGGCUCUCUUCAAUAUACAAGUACAUUUCUUCAUCAAUGGUUAAAAGAAACUUCUCCUCAUCACUUGCUGGCUUUCCUUUCAAAAAAACACAAGAGGCUUGAUUUGGGCAAGAAGCUUGCUUUGAGGCUUGAGUCAAGAUCUUUCCUUGUGGUUGUGCCUGCCAAUUGGCUAAAAGUUUUGUUGCAUUGAGCUUUCAUCAUGUCAAGAGGUGUCCUAUUAUUUGAGUUAUGGAGCAAAGUUUCAUCUAUCCAUUAUUCAUCAACUAGGGUUUUAUUCAAUCAAUGGUUGCUUCAAAUACAAGUUAUUAUGAAUAUGGAAUCCAAGCUUUCAAUUAGGUUUUCUUCAAGAUACAAGCAUGGUCUACAAAUGGAUUUGGGUUCAUUUUCUUGUGAAAUCAUGAAAUGGUACAAAUUUUGAUUCAAGGCAUAAGGACAAGUUUUUUGACUUUGGUCAAAGUCAACUUGGAAAGUUGACUUUUUAACCAAAGUCCACCUAAUGGCUACAUGAUCAUGAUCAUGAUUAUGGUCUCAAAAGCUAAUCAAAUUGGAAAUUCAAGAAUGCAAUAGAGUAUAAGAGUGAAAAUGUGAAUAUAUGCAAUUGGAGGGAACAAGAGAUUCAAAUUUUCUUACUUUUCUCUCAAGAUUCAAGACAUUUCAAAGAAACCAAUUUCAAGUUCAUUCCAAUGUCACAUUCCAUUACAUACGAAGGAUCUAAGUACAUAUCGUUGCCAAGUAUUCAUUACAAUAUCCAUUGCAAAAAGUCAAAAGCACCUUACAUAAUAAAAUACAUUGAAAAAACACAUCAAAAUAUGCAUUUGACCAAAGUUUAUAAGACCUCUCACACUUUAAAUGUGUACUGUGAAGCUCCUGCCAAAACCUGUUGCAUCAUACUUACGGUCACCUACAACUGCUACAUGUUACAAGCAAUACAGAACUAAUGCCACAAUAUCUAAAUGACAUGCCAAACAUUAACAUGACCUCAGAAUCAAACUUGCAGCCAUGCUAAAUUCGACUUAAGUCAAACCAUAAACUUGCAUCUGCAGCUAAUGAACACAAAACCAAUGCCCUGCAUAAACUAAAAAAUUAAACCAACAUAUCUACAUAACCCUUCAACACACAACCAUACAUACACCAAGUCAAAGCAUACAUCAUACAUGGCUAUAAUACAUUCAAAACUACAAACAGUUAAGCAUUCACAACAAUUAAAUUGGUUCACACAUAAAAAAUAACCAACCUGCAUCAAUUGAAAAUAAUUAAACCAAUCCAGAUUAACACUUCAAAAAAUGAAAUCUCAACUACAAACUAACUGUGCCACACUCACCCUAGAAUAACGAAGUGUGCCAUCAAAGCAUGCACUAAAAUGCCAUUAAUGACUAUUUAUGCUUGGCCCUACCAUGGUUUUGAGAAGCUACACUUUGUAGGUUCGAGUAAACGUGCUUUUUUUGUUUGCAUUUCUAGAUUAUGCUGAGAGGGAAGGAGAGUUUUAAGUUAAGUUACCCUACACCGCCAUUGUGGUUUUGAGAAGCUACACUUUUCUAGAUCAUGUUUUUUUGUUUGCAUUUCUGAAUUAUGUUGAAAGGGAAUGGGAGUUUUAAUUUAAGUUACUCUAUCCAUUACGACAGUGUUUCUUACUGUUUUAGUUUAAUGGUAAUGAAAUCUAAAAUAUCUGAUGAUUGAGUUAAAAAUGUGAGUGAACUGUUUUGCUUUGGGCUUGGAGUUUGUGCUCUCCCACCAGAGCCCAUUUAUAGCGUUUUUAGUUUCUUUUUAUUAACUCAACAAAAAUACUCCUUGGUUCUUAGAUUGUAGGCCUAGCGCAUAAUUGCUUCAGUGUACCCCUAUCUGAGCCCAACACCAACGUUUUUGACAUAACUGAAGGCCCCAUGAACACAAAAAUAUCCUUGCUAGUAUGUCUAGAGCUUUGUUGGUCCAUACCUCCAAUUUUGGUCUGUCACCCCCUGAUUUUGUUUAUUUUGUUGCUAUUAAUCUUUUCUUUUUCAUUUUUAAGACAAUAAAAAUACAUAAUAAAUCACUAAAAAAUGUUAGAACUUUUUAGGAGCCUUUUAGAAAUUAAUUAGACUUUUGCCUCAUAAUUUAUUUGAAUUUCCUUCAUUAUUUUUACACUUUUUCGUCAUUAUGUGUGUUACAAUUUUGAUGCAAAUUUAUGGUGCAAUUAUGUAUAUUGAAUCUUGAUUGUUUUUUUACUGUAAUUAUGUUCCUUAGGGUUGGUUUUGAUUCAAAUUAAUUAAGUCUUUUUUUGCCUUGAAUAAAUUGAAUUAAACUUUAGCAAUUUUAGGUCUUAAAAUAAAUCUUUUGCAUGACAACUUUAGGUUAGAAUUUUCCCUCUAAAAAUCCCAAUCUUAGGUCCAUAUAACAUUUUUGCAUCUUUUUCCUAUAAAAAAACUAAAAUCUCUUUUCUUAAAUAAAUUCAAAAAUAUUUUUAAAUGACGGAGUGUUAUUUUAAUACUUAAUACAUGCAAAUUAAACCUUCGAUAAACUUCUCUCAUAUAAUUAGAGUGAACACGUGAAUGAGGUGCGUAAUCAAGGUGGAAUUUUAUCGUGCUAUGCUUUUGCGGCCAAUCCCACGAUUGAAGCAAUUUAGCAUCGUAAAACCGAAAAUAGAAUCAAAAUAUAAAUUAUAUGAGAGAAGCUUAUCCUUAGUCAUUUUAGAGAAACAAAAUGAAUAUUAGGUUUCAAAAGAUUUGAUUUGCAUGUAUUGCGGUAGAACGGAAAUAACAUACUCUUCGUCAUUUUAAAUUAUUUUUGAAUUUAUUCAAUAAAAGAGAUUUUAGUCUUUUUAAAGGAAAAAGAUGCAAAAAUGAAUGAUGAAACAAAAUGGAAAUUCUAACCUAAUGUUAUCAUACUAAAUGGACCUAAGAUUGCGAUUUUUAGAGGGGAAAUUCUAACCUAAAAAUGACAUUUGUUUUAAGACCUAAACUUGUUAAAUUUUAGUUCAACUUAUUCAAGCCAAAAGACUUAAUUAAGUUGAACCAUAAGGAACAUGCAAUAUGAUCAAGAUUAUAGGUAAAAAACAAAGUAUCAUGCAGAAAAGUGUAACAAUAAUGAAGGAAAAUCAAAGAAAUUAUGAGGAAAAAGUGAAAUUAAUUUUUAAAAUGCUUCUAAAAGUUAUAACAUUUUUUAGUGAUUUAUUAGGUAUGUUUAUUGUCUAAUGGAAAAGAAAAGAUUAAGAGAAACAAAAUAAACAAAAUCUAAAGGCAAUAUGAUUCUGGUGUGUCUCUAUGUUAUGAUGACAUAUUACUAAUAAGGAGUUGUUAAGAUGAGAUGGUCAAGUUCAAGAAGGUGUUUAUAAAUGAGUUUUAGAUGAUUGAUCUGGGAAAUAUUAUAUGUUUCCUAGGGAUGAAGAUUCUGUACUCUGAGAAGGAUAUAAUUUUGCAUCAACUGAAGUAUGAACUUUAACUUCUUAAGAGAUUUGAGCUAACAAAUUGCAAGACUGCAAUCACACAUGUUGAGACGAAUCACAAGUUGGAUUAUGAUGUUGAGGGUGAUAAUGUAGAUGCUACAAUUAUUAAACAGUCGGUUGACUUAUUGAGAUAUCUUUGUAAACUAGACUUGACAUUUGCUAUGUAGUUGGAAUGGUGAGUAGGUUUAUGAACAAGCCAAAGUGGUCACAUUACAAAGCUGCUAUAAGGAUACUGAGGUAUAUUAAAGGGACUUUGAGGUAUGGAGUGUUGUUCCAUUCUGGUGUUAAAUCUGACUCAGAACUGAUAUGCUAUUUAGAAUUUGAUUGGAUUGGAAACAGAGUUGACAGAAGAAAUACUUUUGGAUAUUUCUUCAAGUAUCGUGGAAGUCUCAUUUCUUGGUGCUCCAAGAAGUAACAUGUGGUUGUCUUGUCAACUUGUAAAGCUGAAUACAUUGUAGGUGCUUUGUCUCCAUGUCAAGCUGUUUGGCUUAUGAACUUAUUGUAGGAUCUGGAGAUUAAGGGGAGCAAACCUAUGAGAAUUCGCGUUAUAGAGUUUGAUUAGCUGAAUAUGAAUUAAGGGAUAAUGUUAGAAGUAAUUCAUAUCCAGAAGUUAUUGUUAGAGUCAGAAGCUUCCGAGGUUGUUAGUCAGAAGUAAUAGUUAGUGAGGCAGUUAGUUAGAAGCUCUUCUAGAAGUUGUUCUUAGUUGUUAGCCUAGCUUAGCAUACUUUGGUUGUGUCUACGUGGCAAUUUAAUCUUUGUUUAUUUAAACAAGUUUGUUACAAUGAAAUCUUAACUGAAUUUUUCACCAUCGAGAAUUUGUUACGUUUUCUCUCUUCUCUCUUUGCUUCCAUCUUCAUCUUCUAUCUUGUGCACCAACAAGAGAUACCAAAAGUCUAUUAAAUAUUAAACAGGUUAAAAAUAAAAUAUGAAAGUAAAACACAUAUAGCGUCAAUGGUAAAAAAAUUAUGUAAAAUUUGUAAAAAAAACCAUCAAGAUGUGGACCACACAAAUGAAUCAUGGUAGACUAUUAGAUUUUUUUCACUAUGCUAAAACUUAAUUAAUCAGAAUUUUCAAAAUAUUUGGAAGUUUUUAUCUUUUUCGAAUUUUUUGAAACUUUCUAUAAGCAAUAUAGGACUCCCAAAAAUUUACAUGAUCAAUACAUUAUUACAUUGUUUUCACUACUUAGGAAAAAAUAAAAAUAAAAAUAUCUCCUUUAUUGCAAUAUCAAUGAAAUUCUUUUAAUCAUGGAAGCUGGAAACGGUGAUGAAUACAGUUGUUUGAGACUCUAUCUAUCUGGUACUCAUUAAUUAAUUAUGGCAGAAGCGUCAUAGGAAAAAAUCUUAUCGCAUCGCAUAGAUCGAGAAGAAGGAAACCACAAUCGCAUAGCAUUAGAUCGAGAGAGAACAAGGAACCAACAAUCGCACAUUUCCACAGCGAUCUCCAAAAUACAAUGUCCUCACUUUCCCUUCUUCUCACCCUCUCGCUUCUUCUAACCACCUCUUUCUCGCAUAGCAGCAGGAAAGAACUACGGGACAAAGAUGAAAAUGUGUUCCACCGAAAUUCUGUUUAUUAUUCCAACAGAAUUGAUCCCUCACGUGUUGUCCAAAUCUCCUGGCAACCAAGGCUAUUUCUUUACAAAGGCUUUCUCUCACAUAACGAGUGUGACUACCUUAUGUCUCUGGCUUAUUCUGUAAAAGAUAAAUCAUCACCAUAUGUUGCCCAUUCUCACGAAGAUGAUAUUGUUAAAAGGAUUGAAGAAAGACUUUCAGUUUGGACUUUCCUUCCUAAAGAGAACAGCAAGCCUUUACAAAUAAUGCAAUACGGGCUUGGGAAAGAUAGUCAGAACAUGGAUUAUUUCACAAACAAAACUGAUUUGGAAUUAACCGGACCUUUGAUGGCAACGAUUGUUCUAUAUCUCUCGGAUUCUACUCAAGGGGGUCAAAUUAUCUUUCCCGAAUCAGUUAUCAAGAGUAGCAGCUGGUCGAAUUGUAGGAAUACUAGUGACAUUCUCCAACCAGUAAAAGGGAAUGCAGUUCUGUUUUUCUCUCGUAACCUAAAUACAUCGCCCGACAGAACUAGCUUCCACGCUAGAUGCCCUGUCCUUAAAGGCGAUAUGUGGUCUGCUGUUAAAUUCUUCUAUGCAAAAUCAGUCAAUGGAGAGGAAAUCUCAACUACACCAGAUGGAGAUGAAUGUACUGAUGAGGAUGAUAAUUGUCCCGCUUGGGCGGCUACGGGAGAAUGUCAAGGAAACCCUGUCUUCAUGAUUGGAUCUCCGGAUUACUAUGGUACAUGUAGGAAAAGCUGUAAUGCAUGCUCUGAUUAGAAGUUGGUUUUCCACAAAAAAAAAGCAUGAUGUGUUUGCUUUUUAAAUUGGUUAUAGAAUAGGAAAUUUAGUUGAGUUGAUUAACUAGCUAGUUUUCUCAUGAUAUUCUUUAUCAAUUAUGAUAUUCCAUAUUUAACUAGUCAUUAUACCAUUUGCAUUUCAGAAAUGUAUAUGUCGAGUUUUGCAUUUUUUAGAAGUUGCUCAACUACUUUCUGAGCUGAAUAUAGAAAGUAUUUAAAAUUGUACUAUUAGAUUUGACACUAAUUUGGGCUAUGAAUGAAACUAAUUUGAAUAUAGUU